GUGCGAAAACGAAGGGGAUAACAAUGGCCUCAUCCUACACAAUGUGCUCCGCGAAGUUAUCUCCCUCCCCUUCUCCACCCCUCUCCUCCCAUGGCGUCGUCGUCGCGCUCCUCCCCUCUCCUCCCAUGGCGUCGCUCUCCUUCGCCUCCUCCAUAUCCCUCUCCAACCUCCCUCUCCCCCUCCGCACCCACCACCACCCUCCUCCCACUCCUCCCACUCCUACCGCUCCCACACUCUUCGCCGCAGCGGCCUACGGCGCGAAACCCUACAAGGGUUCGGUGAAGCGGCUUUGGAGCCCGCGGGGGAAGAAGAGCGUCAAGAGGAAGAGGAAGAAGAAGCAGCAGCUUCGGCUCUCGAAAAUGGUCGGCCCCUUUAUCCGAUCCCUCUUGCGUGGUUUGAUUUGGCUUGGUAAUUAUAAUAGUCGUGCUGAUUUUAAGAAGCUUCUAGUGGCAUUGUGUUAUGGCGAAAAGAAUCCGAUUUUUUUGGUGAUUUUUUUGGAUUUGGUGAGAAGGAUGCGUAGAUUAGUCAAAUUAUUGGUUUAGAGUAAUGAAUUGUAGAUGCUGCGAUUCUAGAGAAUUAACAUUGUGGGUGUUUGAUGCUGCAUUUGCUCAAAUCCUACAUAAUUAUGAACUUUUUAGUUAUUUUCUUGGGAAUCAAAUUGAUAUAUUUACUUUGAUUAAACUGAGGGUUUGUUAAUGUUCAAUUGAUUGCUACAGAAUAUAGCCAUUAAAACUGCUUUUAAUUUUUAUAGCUGAUUUUUUUGGUU